AUGUCAGAAUCAUUUAAAGUAGUCAAUUAUGAAAGAGAAUCUAAAUAAUCGUUUUAAGAGUUUUUAUAAAUGCAUCUAAAUGAACCAUAAGAUUCACAAUUAAGAUCGCCGACCUAAGAAAAUAAUUAUAAUUCGACAAAGCAAAUAGGAAUAAGAAAAACUAUUAAAAGGGAGGAAUCUGAACCCAGUUUUAGAAUCACAGAAUAACCCAUCGAAAAUAAUGAAAAAAACCUUACUUCUAUGCAAUCUAAAAUUUAAUUACUCAUCACUGAAAAUUCAAAGUUAAUUGAAAUAAACUCUGGCUUAAUGAGAGAAAUAGAGAUUAUGAAACAAAAUAAUUCAUCAAAUCGAACUCUCUUAGUGCAAGAAUCCCAAUAAAAAUUAAUGAAUUAUUAAUAAAAAGUAGUUCAACUUACUUAAGCAAAUGAAUAAUUGAGUAGUAGAUUGAUUGAUGAGUAAACUAAAAAUAAAAAGGAAAUAGAAUAGAGAUUCUAAUAAAUAUUAUUAGAAAACAAAAAUCUCAAUGAAAUGCUAUAAACACGAUUAAAUGACAUAGACAUAUUGAACAAUUAAUUGUUAGAAAAAAAUGAUUAAAUCGCCUUAAUGAAUGAAGAAAUUAAAGUUGUCAAUGAAAAAUGUAUGGUCUUGGAAUAAUAAAAAUAAGUCUUAAUAGCCUAGUAGUAAUAGUAUGUCGAUACAAUAAAAGAAUUCUAAGCAAAGGAACAAUAAUUUAUGCAAUAACUUUAUUAGGAACAAACCUCUUAUCAAUCCUGCAUAGCCAAUUUAGAAUAAAAUUAUAAUCUACAAAUAAGUGAAUUAAGAAACUCAUUUUUGAAAGAAAUUGAGUAAUAAUAAGAAACAAUUGCGCAAUAAUACUAAAACUAUUUUAAUUAACAGAUUAUUACAUUCUAAUAGCAAAUAAAAGCAUUAUAAUUGGAGAACACAUAAAUUAAGGAUGAAUUAACAGAAAGAUCUAAAAUUUGGUCUCAAGAAAAGGAGAGACUCGAAAAUUUCAUUAAAAACAUUCAAUAAUCCUAAUUAAAAAAAUAAAAUUCUUAAGAAUCUAUUCAACCACUAGCAAAUAUUACUUAAGCCCAACAAAAUAUAAAUCAAAAUUAGAAACUUUCACAGCAAAUUAAUUAACCAAAUCAAAACUUAGAUCAACAGCAGAUCAUCUAACCAUAAAAUUAAUAGUAACUUAACCAAAUUUAAAAUCAAUAAUAAUUUACUUAAGAAUAGUUAAUUUAACAAAAACAAGAAUUAUAAAAAUAAUAAUAUUAUUAAGAAAUAUUAUAAAUUUAGUCAUAAUCAUCCUUAUUACAAUAAUAGUAAUAAUAGUAGAAAAUAUUACAAUAAUAAUAAAACUAAAAUCAUCAUUAAUCAAGUAACUAUACUUUUAGAUAAAAUACUUAAGAAGAUUCAAGGGAAGUAAGUCCAGAAAAAGAUGACUUAUUUCAAAAUUUUGAUUAAAAGGCUAGAUUGCAUACUGAAAGUUAUGGAUAUGAAAAAACAAUACCACAAAGAGCUCCUUUACAAGUUAAAAAUUAUCGAGUUCCCUAGUUACACACAAUUACAAGGUAUGAUCAAAAGCAAUACAAUUUUGGAGUCAAUUAGCCAUAGUACUAUUAAAAUUCUCAAUAACGAUUUAUGAUUAAUAGGGAUCCUCAAUAUUAGAGAUCUCAUUCUCAAUAUUAAGAAAGAGAUGAUAAACCUAAGAGUUAGCAAUAUCAAAAUUAAAAUGAAGGGUAUCUAGUUCCAAAAAGAUAUUGA